UACGCCUUAGGAAAAAGGGCUUGCAGGCCCUCUAGUAUCUUUUACGGACAAAAAUUGAUUGGCAUGUUAUGAUAUAAAAGAUUUGUACACUUUCCCGAUGGAACAAAAGCAGAUGAGAAACUUUACCGGUUGUGUAAGGAAAUCUCUUGUUUACUUUACUUUUCAGACCAAAGUCUGCAAAGUGUAUACAUUGCAGAAAGUUACAGAGACCGUGUGUCACUGAUAAACACAUCAAAUGGAAUUGCAGUGGAAUUCAGAAAUGUCAGACAGACAGACGUUUCUACAGACGCACAAAGUGUGUACUACCAGUUCCAACAGAUCGGUUUGCAGGGACCAGAUAUAAACCUACACAUUGUCGAGCCUUCGUACAACCUCAAAGUCACCCGGAAGGAUGCCCACGGAUAUGUACACCUGGAGUGGACAGCUGGGUUCUUCGAUGGACAGGACACAACUUACACCGUACAGUACAGAAAAAUGGGUGGAGAAUGGGUCAAUGCUACUGAUCAUGAACCACCCAAAAACAACUAUCCAAACUACACAGAUAUAGUCCACCUCUCAGAAAAGGGAAACUACAGCAUCAGGGUCAGAGCAGCAAAUGGGAUAGAGCCACUUGCAUUUUCUAACAUCACUAAUGUGACUAUAGAAGAUGAUACCACCCUGAGCGGUCUGCUACCCAUCACUAACUGGGAUUACAGUGAAGACUUGCAGACCCUGACCUCACAUUCAGCUGAGCAACUGUCUUCUGCAGUCAUAUCAGAGCUAAACAAAGUCUUCAACAACAUCAUCGGUUACCAGAAGUCCGAGACUAAAGUUGAUGGCUUCAAAGAAAUUGGAGUAACAUGCACGAACGCAAAAGCUGUGAUGGUUGAAUUCCACAUCAAAGUAGCUGAAAGUGAGAUCACAUCUGCUCAGUCUGUCUUCUCAAACAGCAUUAAACAUGAACGUCUGGGAGAGUUUAACAUUGACAAGGACAGGGCUCAUAUGGACGUUAUGUACCACUAG